UACCUGGCAGAGUCUUUUGGUGUAAUAUGCUAAUUUAGCCCGCGUUAGACCAACCUGAAUCAAUACAAACACCAUUCAGUGUGUGCGUGUGCCUCGUGUGUCUGUUCUUUAAAGCAGACGCUUGGUUUAUGUGUAGCCGGGGAACAGAGGGCGUGUCGGCAAUACAGCGCCGUACUCAAGGGUGCCAAUAAAUUCAAUAAUGACGCAAGUUAGCCCACCCAGCACAAUACGUCGGAUGGCACUGAGGCGUCCUUAGUGAUGUAUGGACCUCCGACGCGACGCGUUGUUUAUGGCGGACCUUCUGCAUAGCGCACGGGCCGUAUUAAUGCGUGAGCUGUCCAUGGUGCUGAAUAUUUGCUAUUAUAGCCAUUGUUUAUUUAGACUCGUGUAGGUUUUUUUUUUUUUGUACGUGUUAAACAUUGCAGAUAUUUAAACAGUAUAAGCGGCUACAUUUGAUAAUGCAUUUUUGUUUAUAAAUUAUUAAAAUUUUACACUGAUGAAACCCUAAACUGCACGUUUAUGAACGCUAUAGAAAUCGAUCGGUCACAGCUUCAGUAAUAUUGUCAUGCCGCCUGUUCGCCGUCCACGAAUGGCUGUGCUGCAAUAGCUGGAUAUUGAACACCAUGAUGUGCGACCGAAGAAGAGUUGCAAAGCAAUGAUGUCAUAGUUUUAAGUAGGAGCCACGGGAGAGCAUAUGGUUCGUACCCGCCGCCGAAAGGAAGUGUUGCUUUGUUAUGAGCAGGCGGCGCUGUAGCUGGCGGAAGAGGAGGUCGCCCAGCCCAGUGUCUCUUCGCCUGGAAUAGAGAAGCCGAGGAGAAGACGCGCGGAAAACGGGAAAACGAGAGCUGCUAUAAUGGCCGCUAAAUCUGACGGGGUGCUAAAGAUGAAGAAGAGCGACGUAGCAUUCACGCCUUUGCAGAAUUCCGAUCACUCGGGUUCGGUUCAAGGGCUCGCUCCGGGAUCGCAGCCGGAUUCGGCAACCGGAGAGCCGGACUUCGUCAACGGGGAGUCGCGCUGCUGUGGCUCCAAUUCGACGUGUCUGCGCCUCGACAGGGAGCAGCUGAAAUAUACGGUGUGGGACUGUCUGUGGAUCCUCGCCGCAGUGGCGGUGUAUCUCGCCGAUGUGGGCACGGACAUUUGGCUUUCCGUCGACUAUUACCUCCGCAGCGACUACUGGUGGUUCGGGCUAACGUUGUUCUUUGUGGUGCUCGGCUCGUUCUCCGUGCAGGUCUUCAGCUUCAGAUGGUUCGUUAACGAUUUCAGCACCGAGGAGAGCGGCGGUGGUGGUGCUGGGGGCGCUCCGGGCUGCUCGCACAUGGACGGGAAGCUGCUCAGCGGCUCGGCUUCACAUGGAGACGUGGGAGCCCACCCGUCUACACCUCAAAGGCAGGCAUCCACAGCCAGCAAGAGCAACACCACGACCAACAGCACCAACAGCGCUACUGCAGCCCGGAAUAGUAAGACACGCUCGGCGUCCUGUUCCCUGUGUAUCUGGCUGUUGCAGUCCGUCAUUCACAUCUUACAACUCGGACAGAUCUGGAGGUACUUCCACGCCAUCUACCUGGGCAUCAGGAGCAGGCAGAGCGGAGAUAAUGACAGCUGGAGGUUUUACUGGAGAAUGGUGUAUGAGUAUGCCGAUGUCAGCAUGCUCCACCUGCUGGCUACGUUCCUUGAAAGCGCCCCUCAACUUGUGCUCCAACUCUGUAUCAUCAUACAGACUCACAAGCUCCAGGCUGUACAAGGAAUGACAGCGGCUGCUUCCCUAGUGUCACUGGCCUGGGCGCUCGCCUCCUACCAGAAGGCCUUACGUGAUUCCCGCGACGACAAGAAGCCCAUCAGCUACCUUGCGGUCAUCAUUCAGUUCUGCUGGCAUUUCUUCACCAUAGCCGCUCGGGUGGUGACCUUCGCUCUCUUCGCCUCCGUGUUUCAACUCUACUUCGGCAUCUUCAUCGUACUCCACUGGUGCAUCAUGACCUUCUGGAUCGUGCACUGUGAGACGGAGUUCUGCAUCACCAAGUGGGAGGAGAUCGUCUUUGACAUGGUGGUGGGCAUCAUCUACAUCUUCAGCUGGUUCAAUGUGAAGGAGGGCCAUACCCGCUGCCGUCUCUUCAUUUACUACUUCAUGAUCCUGCUGGAGAACACGGCCCUCAGCACGCUUUGGUACCUGUACCGCUCGCCGCCCAGCACAGACGCCUUCGCCGUGCCCGCCCUCUGCGUCAUCUUCUCCAGCUUCUUCACCGGCAUUGUCUUCAUGCUCAUGUACUACACUUUCUUCCAUCCCAACGGUCCGCGCUUCGGGCGCUCUGCCAGCCUGGUCCAGCUCGAGGACCCCACCGCCACCUUCACGCUGCCACCCGAGGGCGCCACCAACUCUCUGCGCUCCAACCGCGGAGGAACGCUGGGCAGAGACGCUGACCGCGAGGCCAAGUACAGCGAGAGAGACGGAUGCGUACCUGUCUUUCAGGUGCGGCCCACCGCCCCCUCCACUCCCUCUUCCCGUGCCCCGCGCCUGGAGGAGACGGUCAUUAAAAUAGACUUGUGCAGGAACCGGUACCCUGCCUGGGAGAGGCACGUGUUGGACAGGAGUAUACGUAAAGCCAUCCUGGCCAUCGACUCAUCCCCCACUCCGCCCCGCCUCCAGUAUAAAGACGACACACUCGUUCAAGAGCGUCUGGAGUAUGAGACCACCUUGUAGCCUGCGCUGGGGAGACACAAAAACACAUCCACACCAUCCACUUUAAUAAACAGCAGGCCUGUGGCAAUAAAGUUCCUAGUUCUCCGUGUGGAGUGAAUAGCAUCGAGCCAUGAUGUUGAUUGUCAUGGACAAAAGCAUAUAGGCAUUGUGUAUUGUGGAUGGAAAAAUUAAUCAAUCUUUUUUAAGCAGUUCUCUUUUUCGGUUAACGUAACAAUUUCUUUUUUAUUACUUCCGUCUAGUCAGGGAAUAUCUGGGUUUUUAUGAAGACAUCGUGCUGGCUAAUAUCGACCGCUCAAUACUUCUGGGUGUUCGAGGGUACGAGAAGACGAGUUCGAACUUGAUAUAGUUUAGUUCACAAUAGGGUAAUUGCAAACAAAGCCUGAAAUCGACCACACAAACGCCGACACUGUACAUCUACCUAUCGCACCGGAGAUACGAUGUUUAAGAAAUUGCUGAUUGGACAUCUUUGCCAGGGUGCUGAAUCUUAUUAGUUCUGUCUCAUCAGCAGUUCUCUACCAGUGCCAAACGUCUGACUCCAAACCGAACUAUGGGUCUCUGUAAAUAUAAACAGGGCAGCAUUUCAACCAUCUACUUGAAUCCUGUACAAAGAAAAUAAAGAGUAGUUUGUGAUCAUCACACGCUCAAUUCAAGCCACACGGGACGGCGAGAACGCGAGAUUGUUUUCUUCUGUCGAGGAGAAGGCAAUAGGCCAAGAAAACACUUGCUGGCAGCUCCCAUUGGCAACCCAGCCUCAUUCACUGCUGUGGGCUGAUAAGGAUCUGUCUGGUUCACAGCAAACACACGUGCACAGAGAGAGUGGGAGACAUGGCAAUCCACAGCGGCUGACAAACUGCACUCGACACAACCUGGAUGCAUUUCAUCUUCUGGGUAAAGAUGCAGUGUUCUUAUGGGCUGGGCAGUGAUCGGUACUUUACAUCUCCUGUUAAAGUGCAACGAGAGAGCACACAUAGACAAUAAAAGGGGCAUCUUUCAUCACCUCAAAAUGUAUCUGGGAAAACUGUGGAGUGUACUGUACAUCCUGCAGAUGUGUACCGUGGUGUUUUUGAUUUCCAGUCUUUAAAACUAGCCCUCCACAAAUCAGAGAUGUCAGGGAUAAGCAGAGAUUGUGAUUGACGCUCCUGUUUCACAAAGAGAGAACACUGAAUCUUUAAAUCUGCCAAAAGCAUCCUUUUAAUAUGAAAGUGUUGGAGUUUUAAACGUUCUGUUCAGUUGCUGUCUUUUAAUUGAGCAUUUAUGUAGGUGAAAACACGAUAAAAGAAAACAAGCACAAAUCGUGUCACAGGAAGAAAUUUCAGCACAACAAGGGAGUUUUCUUGGUUAUUGUUACAUUGAUGUUGAGAAACAAAGUAGAAACGAUUGAAAAUUUCACAGCGACAAAAGCUAGAUGUGCCUGUUUGCUUUUGAAAGUGUGAAGAAGUGCGUGGGACAUUUUACAUGACAUUUUUUCGAUUCAUGUUCUUCUUUUUGUUGUUGAUGGAUUUAAUAAUGUGUCUUAAUGUCUCGUAGAUGCUUUUGCUUAAAGGGAUAGUUCACCUUAAAAUGAAAAUUCGGUCAUCAUUUCCCCAUCCUCAUGUUGUUCUAAAUCUGUAUGAAUUUCUUUUUUCUGAAGAACAAAGAAGAUAUUUUGUGAAAUGAUGGUAAACACACAGCAGAGAGUGACCAUUGGCUUCCAUAGUUGGAAUAAAAAGAUAUGAUGGAAUUUAAAGGGUACCGUCAACUGUGUGCUUACCAUCAGUUAUGAAAAUAUGAAGAGUUUGGUUCCAAAAUCAGUAUUGUAUCAGGUCAGUAUUUAAAAGUAAAUUCUUAAUUUUAUGCAAAAUCCAAUAUUCGCCGUGUUAUUCUGUUAUCUUUUCUCCCUUUUCCCCAAAACGCAUGAAAACGCCACUCCCCCUUUUCUACAGAAUGCAAUAAAUCUGCUCCACAAAUUACAGCGCACCAUUCCACGCAUUGUAAACAAACAAUGGCGGCGCACUGAGUACACGAAAUCCUAGUUUUCCUCAUCUAUUUUGUACUUCGUAAACAACAAACAAAAACAAAAUAAUACUUUAAUGACAAUGAUAAACGUGUGCUGGUUUUCUGUGACGGGAAAGAAACGUAAGCAAUCAACAUCUAAUAAUAUACGCGAGAGGCACUCAGGAGGACCCGGUUGUUGUCCCGACACAUUGACCCCAAGCGAUCUUAUGAAAAACUUUCCAUUAUUUUACUCAAAGUCAACGAAAAAUCGAGCAGAACCAAAACAUUUUACAGCUGAUCGCUGUGAAAAAUGUUAAGCGACGACGUCCCAAUUAUAACCGCAGCAAUGACUAACGUGUUUUUGUCCAUUAAUGCUUUUUUUAUCAGUGUAUACCACUAGUCAACUAAAUGAAUAUAACAUGGUUAAGAUGAAUGCACAUUUAUAUAUAAAUUCAAUAGAUUUAUAGCAUUUUGAAAAAAAACUUGUCAUGGAUUUAUUGCAUUUUAUGGGAAAUGUUUUUUUAUAAUAAAUCUUUGAAAAUCAAAUUAUGGAUUUUUAUGUUUUUAAACCUAAAGAUGCUAUGUGAAAGUUUGUGACAGAAAAUACUGGUUUUCAUCUUGUCACUUUCUUUGUAUAGAAAACUGGAAAAAAUGGAUUUAUAGCGUUUUGAAACCAAACUCUUCAUAUUUUCUUUAUCAUUUAUCACAAUAAAUCCAAAAUAUGGUCACUAUCUGCUGUGUGUUUACCACCAUGUCUCACAAUAUCUUCUUUUGUGUUCAUCAGAAAAAAAGAAAUUCAUACAGGUUUAGAACAACAUGAGGAUGAGGAAAUGAUGACAGAAUUUUAAUGUAAACUAUCCCUUUAAUGGCAUUAACUGUUUGGAGGUGACUGAUAUAAGAUAUUUAGAUACUUGGUAUAACAUGGUUGGUCAAAUUUUAGCUGUAAUUCGGGUUUUAUUGAAGCUCCUGAGAUGCUUAUAAUAAUCAGCAUCCAACCAUUACUUGCAAGUUUUGUUUUUCAAUCCGCAUCAAUCCACAUUUUUGUCACAGACAAACGUGGACAAACAUCCUAAUUGUGUUGUGAAUCAUAAAAAAGAACAAAAUAAGCACAAUUUAGAUCCUUUCGUAUGAAAACCACAGUGGAACGUACAGUAGGCUCGGCAUAUUUUAGCUAUUUUGCUACUUUCCUAUUUUGUCAGCUUUUCUUCCAGACGAGUCAUAUAGUUUAAUUUUUCUGCGUGAUGGAUGAUGAUGGUAUUUUGUCUUUUGGCAAAAUUUUUCCAAACAACCUCUCUAAAAGAGCCCUCUGUAGUCAGAGCACAAAAAAAACUUGUCUAAGCACACUAAUUAGGCAAUAUUCUGAUUCACAUCGCUGCACCACCUACACGCGACCAGUCUUGAAGGAAGACAAGUGGUUUAUAAGACACCUCUGUAAUGUUAUAUUUCUAUGAUCUUCCUGUGGUGAUCUUUGCUCGCUUUUUGGGUUGCAUACAUGGAAAUAAUCCAUAAACAUAGUGAUAUUCCAGACUGCAUACUGCGUUGGAUUUAAAGGGAUAGAUCACUUUAAAAUGAAAAUGAUGUCAUCCUUUACUCAUUCUCAUGUUGUUCUAAACCUGUAUGAAUUUCUUUUUUCUGAUGAACACAAAAAAAAGAUAUUUUGAGAAAUUAUGGUAAACACACUGCAGAUAGUGUCCAUUGACUUCUAUAGUAGGAAAAAAUAGUAUUGAGUAUUGUGAUAAAUGAUGAAGAAAAUAUUUUGAAUAAUUAUGUUAAGCACACAGUUGAUGGUACCCAUUAAAUUCCAUUAUAUUUUUUAUUCAUUCCUACUAUGGAAGUCAAUGGACACUGUAUGCUUUGUGUUUACCAUCAUUUCUCAAAAUAUCUUCUUUUGUAUUCAUCAGAAAAAAUACAUUCAUAUAGGUUUAGAACAACAUGUGGAUGAGAACAUGAGAAUGACUAAUGAUGACAGAAUUUCAUUUUUGGGUGAACUAUCCCUUUAAGCGAACAUCAUGCCAACAUUAGAUGAGAUAUUAAGUCCUGCCUUGUCUGCAGAAAUCAACAGUGGUUUGACUUUUUCUUUACAGUACAUUCAGCCAUUUUUCCAGGUGCAAGGUCUCAAUUAUAAUGUUAAAAUAUGCCAUUAAAAGAAAACAUAAUGCAAAGAGAUGGAGAGCAAAUCAAGCUAUUGGAGAUUAAGUCUCAUUAUUAUUCAAAAGGAUGUGCAGGAAUCCAGGCUGAUGUCUGAAUGCUGUCUAGUUAGAAAUAUACGGUUUAUUGUCCAAUUUCCAUCAUUUUUAAAAGUGAAUCAUGCCAUUUAUGAUAUAAAAGGGGUAAAGAGAUGCAUACUUGUGAUAGUUUAACACGGAGGUGACAGAAACUCAAUUAAUCAUAACAUUACAGCAAAACUAUGUAUCUUUGUUUUGCACUUCCAACGUAUGUUUAGGUUUAUAUAUAGAUAUAUAUUUGUAUUCAUCAAGAAUUCCUCCACUCUGGAAAAAACAAACAUAAUUCAUACCUAUAACCUACCUCAAAGCGGUAUUUUAAACAGACCAUUCUCCAGCUUUAGGUGAUAUGAGGGAAUUUAUUCCGGUUGAAUGAGUUGAAGGCUGUUCUGUUUAUUACCAGUCCAAAAGUACGCUCUUAGUUAAAAGGUACAAAAGCUGUCACUGAGGGAAGUACCCUUUGAAAAAGUAUCUAAAGGGUGCAUAUUUGUACCUCAAAUGCCUAAAUGGUUUAUAAGAGGACCUUUUAAAGAGUGCAGUCCCGGAGACAGCUUUUGUACCUUUUUCUGACAGCGUAGAGAUGAGCUCUUAACCAGGACUUCUAGUACAACUACACACAGCAACCAGGGGAAAACAUUGAAUUGCAUUCAUGCAAGCUACUUUUAUUUCAUUUGCCUUAAGCAACGUUCAACUUUUUCUGUGGAUUAAUGUUUUAUGUUUUUGUUAUUUAUUUGUCUGUAUCAUACCCACAAUGCUCUGGUUACUGUCAUGGCAGUAUGAUGUUGAAUUAUUAUUGUGGUUUGGAAACGGUAGAGGUUCAAAAACAAAGAAAGCAGAGAAAACAAAAAUGCAUAUGCAGACAAACAAUCAAAAUGACAACCCACACUGUUAGUUUGUUAAUAUCUUAGGUCAUGUUAUAAUAUUUUGAAUUGAACGUUCUGAAACUAACAAAGUGGCACUUGUUUCAUAGACUGAGUUUCAUGUCAUUGUACAUCAGAGAAGAUUUCUGAUGUUUUCUUUCUCAAAAAAACAAAACGAAACAAAUCAAUGGUCCUCUUUCACCUGUAGACAUACAGUAGAUGCUUAGAUGAAUUAGAAUGCCAUAGAUGUGAGGGUGGGGGCUAGAACAUUUAGAUAAUCGGUGGUUAAUAAUAAAGCACGAUAUAUUAGUACAAGCACAGUCAUUUAAUGAACUCGACAAUAAAGAUGGCAUUCAGUUCAAUGAUGUACAGACUUUACUGGCAUUUGUGACAGAAGUUCAGUAGUGAAUUGCAAAAGGCUAUUUAACUGUAAAUAAAUGUAUGCAAAUGUACAUGUGUAAAAGAACAUUCCUCUCCGAGUCCCGAUUGUGAAGGGUGUCUAUUGACUAGAGAUUGGUGCCACGAGAUGGCAGUUACAUACAGACAUAUACAGAUAAACCUAGUGUGGUGUAUGUGAUGUAUUAAAUGACGUAAAAAGCAAAAAACAAAAAAACUGUUUAUUAUCGGUCUCUUAAGUAAGUUGUAUUGUGUGAUGAACGUCUGAAGUGCGUAAAAUGCAUCAAAUCUGUUAUCUAAUUUUAUUGUAAAUUGAAGAGUAAAGCAAAAGAACGUUACAUUUUUGUACAUAUUGGAUUUUUGUAAAUUUUUAUUUGAUCCUAAUGCAACACAAAGUACCAAAUUCAUUUAAUAAAGUACACUGUGGUCAUUUUA